AUGGAGAAUGGAAACGCGACCCAAGGCGAGGGAAGAGACCCUUCCGGCUUCCUCAGCGAGAUCAUCGGCAGCUCAGUAACGGUGAAGCUGAAUAGCGGUGUAGUCUACAAAGGGGAGUUGCAAUCUGUGGACGGUUACAUGAAUAUUGCGCUGGAAAAGACCGAAGAGCAUGUGAAUGGAGUAAAGAAGAGAAGUUAUGGGGAUGCUUUCGUUCGGGGAAACAAUGUUAUGUACAUCUCGGCGGAUUGA